AUGCGCGACGAUUCGAGACUGAUAAUUAUCAGUCUCAUCGUUGCUGGAGUUAAACGACCACUUCGAGCGUUGUUGGAUUCGGGUGCAUCCAACAACUUCUUUCGAGCAUCAUGUUUGUCCCUUCUCUCGUCGACAGUUACGGUUCGAGAAGGUCCAGGUGACAUCGUUGUCAAACUUGCUGAUGGACAACCACAGCGUGUCCCGCGUAAAACAGUGGUUUUGCCGUACACGUUCGACGGCUUCCAAAUUAAUGACGAAUUUUUGGUGUACGAGAUGAAUCAUGCAUUCGAUUGCAUCUUGGGGAUACCGUGGCUGUCACGAUAUCAGCCGACGAUAGACUGGCUAUCUCGGUCCGUCAAACGACGAAGCGGUUACGACGUAAGUAAAGUUUUCACUCAUCUGUUGGUAGCGCCAUCCGAUUGGCCUCACGUCAGGGUCGUGAACGAACUCGCCACGACUAGAAGUCAGCACAGAGAGAGCGAUGGCCCUCUGUGUCCGGUAUGUUCAGUCACACUGAUAGAACCACAACACGAGGCGGUUGAACAGAGGUUCCCGCAAACCCAGACAUCGGUCGAGCAGGGGCUCCCGAUUCACAACGAGACGGUCGAACAUAGGUUCCCGCAAACACAGACAUCGGUCGAGCAGGGGCUCCCGAUUCACAACGAGGCGGUCGAACAGGGGUUCCCGCACACACGGACAUCGGUCGAGCAGGGGCUCCCGAUUCACAACGAGGCGGUCGAACAGGGGUUCCCGCACACACGGACUUCGGUCGAGCAGGGGUUCCCGAGUUCUAGCGAGGCGGUCGAGCAGGGGCUCCCGCAUACACACACAACGGCCGAGCAAAGGCUCCCGAUUGUAACCGAGGUGGUCGAGCAGAGGCUCCCACAUACAUCUGAGGCGGUCGACGACGAGCCCCCGCCUCUUAUCGACGAGAAUGAACGGGCCGUGGACUUAAAUGUGAACGACGUGGUGGAGACAGAGCUCCCACGUCUAGCGGGGGGUACUUCAUCCUCCAGCGACAGCGACGUUCCAGCCUCGAUCAGUGGCUCAAGACGCAAGAGAAAGCGUAAAUGCAAGAAAGGUGCACGCCGAUCACCAAGACGACGAAAUUCUCGCUCAAGCGCCGUUGACGAUGAUACUGUAUUGACGGAAUCCGUUUGUGCGCUUGAAUAUGUGGAAGGGUCUUCCCAUCGUGGCCGCUACGUUGAGGUAGCGAGACCUCCGUGCACUGUUGCAGAGAUCACAUCUCUAUUAACCCUACCAUGGAAAGAUUUUCUUCACGACCUCAAGGCCGGCGACAUCGAGAAAGUGUGCAUCAUAUCAGCCGCCGAAGCAGCCAUUGGAGAAGUUCUGAUGGCUCGCCCAAAGAGCGCUGAGCCCAAAUCAGCGCGCGAAGAACGUUUCGUGACACAGUCUUGGGAAGCCCUUCGUGCUUCGGGCAACCCUGUCUAUGAUAUCGCGCGUGAGUAUGCCGACAUCUUUCCGGAGAAUAUCCCCGCUGAGAUUCCAGCGGAUCGUGGUGUGCGACACGAGAUCGAUCUCGUGCCAGGAUCGAAGUAUUGCGUGACGCGGCAGUGGCCGCUACCGCGUGACCAAGUCAUCGCAAUUGAUGAAUUUUUUGAGGGCCGCCAUAAGGCAGGACACGUCCGCGAAAGCAUAUCGCCACAUUCGAUUCCGACUUUCUGUGUGAAGAAAGCCACCGGCGGUUGGCGCAUCGUGCAUGCUUUUAACAAGUUGAAUGACGCCACGAUCCCGACUCAAACACCAAUUCCUCGGAAAGACAUGGUACUGGAUACCAUGUCCGGCAGCGAGAUUUUUAGCGCCAUAGACCUGACAGACGAGUUUUACCAGAUUUUUUAA